AUGACGCUGAAGCAAGAUACCACCUCUAUCACCACCUCUAUCUCGAACCCUACCUUGCUUGCAAAGGUUGAUCAACUGCGUGACUUGAACAUCGGUCAACACGUGCCUCUCCCGCAGCUUGUUGUGGUUGGAGACCAAAGCUCUGGCAAAUCCUCACUUUUGGAAAGCCUGAGCGGUGUUCCGUUUCCUAAGGACCAAAACCUCUGUACCCGGCAUGCAACCCAGAUCACCUCCCGCCGUGAUAAGGACGAAUGUGUUCACGUUCGAAUCAUUCCAGGUCCACGCGCCUCGGAAGAUCAUAAGAAGCAGGUGGAGGCUUUCCAGACCAAAGUGUCUUCGGCCUCGGAAUUUCGCGAUAAGUUUGUUGACAUCUUGAAAAAGGCCAAUGAGAAGAUGGGCUUGCGGACCGAUCUCUCAAGUGGUCACGGUGGUGCCAUCUUCUCAGAGGACGUUCUCAAGAUCGAGGUGCACGGGCCUAGGGAGGAUUAUCUCACCAUCAUCGAUGUCCCUGGCAUCUUUCGAACCACCGUUCACGGCACUACCAAAGAUGACAUGGUUAUGGUCAAGAACCUCGUCAAAAGAUACAUCAGAGAUGAUCGCACUAUCAUCUUAGCUGUACUCCCCAGUAACGUCGACAUUGCCACGCAAGAGAUCCUUGAGCUUGCCGAAGAGUACGACAAGAAUGGCAAACGAACUCUCGGUGUGCUCACCAAGCCCGACCUUGUCAUGGAACCAACGAUGCGGGCUUCUGUAUGCGAUCUCGUCAUGGGACAGAAACGCCCUCUCACUCUCGGGUAUUUUCUUGUCCAGAACCGGAGCUCUGACGAUGGCGUCAAGACCGUGUCCGAAUUGGACCAAGGCCUCCGGAUACAGCCAUGGUCUGAUCUUCCCAAGGACCGAGUGGGUAUUCUUGCCCUCAAAGAGCAGCUUCAGUCACUUUUACUUGAUAUCACCCGACGCGAGUUCCCUAAGCUGGUGCAGGAUGUUGCCAGCCAGAUACGACAAUGCACAGUGGAACUGAAUAAGCUUGGGCCCUCUCGUCAAGACGAACGUGAACAACGCAGCUUUCUGAGUCGAAUGGCGGGAAUUUUCCAAGAUCGUGCAAGAGCAGGACUGGCCGCGGAUUACAAUGCCCAUUCAAGCUUCAACCAAACCGACCUUCGUCUCAUCACCCACGUGGUGAACCUUACCGAUGUGUUCAAUGCCGAUUUCCAGCGACUGGCUCAUUCGCGACACUUCAGUAGUCUUGAGGAGUCCCAACCGCUUGAAUCACCUGAACCAUCUGAUGCUGGCGAUCGUUCAGAAAGCCAGAGUGGUCUUUCAGUCGACACUCUACGAGUCCUGCUCGAGGAGAGUGGUGUCGACAAAAUCUCUCCGAAAGAACAGAUGGAACUCGCAGAAAUACUCGUUCUUCCAAAGGAUAUACCUAUGCCCAAUGAAGGCUUCACUGAUUGGAUUAAGGAAGUGUAUCUGCAGUUCAGGGGCCUGGAACUUGGGACCUUCAACCCAAACUUACUCUCCGUGGCAUUCACUGAACAAUCCAGAAAAUGGGGGGACAUGACCAGGAUAUACAUGAGCAGAAUCAUCGUUACCGUUCACCGCUUCAUUGCUGCAACACUACGCUCCAUUUGCCCGGAGGAGCCAACACGAAUACAGUUAUGGGCCGAAAUUCUCGAAGGCCUACUUGACUGCUACAGGAAAGCGAUGGCACAAGCAGACAUGCUUAUCCAGGUACAACAGCGCAAACAACCGUACACUCUCAACAGACAGUUUGCUGCUGAUCUCUCAAAGUCAAGGGGUCACCGCAUCACUGCGCUUCUGCGGCCUAAGGCUAAGGAGGAUCGGCGAUUCGCAGAACCACAGUACAUGGUCAAUCUGGAUGACAUCGCCGAGGCUGCUGAGGGCAAGCACAACACAGAGCUGUUGCAGGAAGAGAUUCACGAUAUCCUCCACGCGUACUACAACCUGGCGCUUGACCGGUAUAUCGACAACAUCUUUCAACUCGCGGUCGAUCAUUCCUUGUUGCAUGGACCCGACAGCCCCUUGAAGGUCUUCACCCAGGAUUGGGUGCUAAAUCUCGAAGCCAGGCAGCUCGAAGACAUUGCUGGUGAGACAAUCUCUGAGAAGAAGCGACGUUCACGGUUAUCGAAGAAGAUUACGGACCUGCACAACGCAUUGAAGAUUCUCAAAUCCAGAGAUAGCUAUUGA